CCAGUAGUUGUAGAGCAAGAGAACUUUCUAGUUGUCCGUGGAGACCUUCUUGAGUGUUUGGGAUUUAUUGACUGUUUACACGUCUUGCAGCCAAGCAAGCGUAUUCACGCAGCGCUCGUAGGGGCCAGUUCUUUAUAAAGUGCUGUUUUUAAUGUGUUUUCCUCGGGUCACUCCAUCGGGAGUGCGCGAGCCACCUGCGGUCCGGUCAUGGAUUACAGUAACCUGAUGGCGCCUCCGGUUCCCCCGCACAUGCCCCAGUCUCCGUCAGCCGCGCACUGCCAGGGCCGCCUGCUUAAGUGCGUGUUUCUCGGGGACGGGGCUGUGGGAAAAACCAGCCUCAUUGUAAGCUACACAACCAAUGGAUAUCCAACAAAAUAUGUCCCGACAGCGUUUGACGACUUCUCAGCGGUCGUACAGGUGGACGGUCAGCCAGUGAGACUGCAGCUCUGUGACACUGCAGGACAGGAUGAGUUCGAUAAGUUGCGCCACUUCUGCUACACGCGGACUGACGUUCUCCUGCUGUGCUUUAGUGUGGUGAGCCCCGCUUCCUUCCAGAACAUUGGUGAAAAGUGGGUUCCGGAGAUACGACGGCGUUGCCCGCUCACCCCUGUGAUACUAGUGGGCACCCAGUGUGACCUUCGGCAGGACGUCAAGGUUCUUAUUGACCUUGCAAGACGCAGAGAAAGACCUGUUCUGGAAGAGGACGCCCGAGCCUUGGCCGACAAAAUAGGAGCAGUGUCCUACAUCGAGUGUUCUUCGCUCACACAGAAAAACCUGAAGGAGGUGUUUGACGCCGCCAUAUCUGUAGGGCUCCGACAUUCAGACAGAAGAGCAAGACGGGAACGGAAGGUUCACAGUACUGCUGAUAAAAUGAAAAUGCUCUCAAAGUCAUGGUGGAAGAAGUAUAUCUGCAUACAGUAGCCGAGGUCUUCUGAGGUGAUGAACAAUGUGAUGGACUCUUGCUCAGCAUCACGCUCCUCAGGUGGAUGAUGCUCAGUUGAUCAUGAAUUGGCAACAGAAAGUGUGCUGGUAAAUUACCUUUCAUGGGAUAAAGAUUUUCAGCCCCUAAGGCAUGGAGUAGGCGAAGAGGACUGUGUUGCCUGUGUUUUCAAUGUUGGGAUUAGGGUUGCAAAAUUCCAAAUUGUCAAAUCUGGAAACUUACCAUGGGAACUAUUGGAAAUAUAUGGAAAUUACAGGGAAUAAACUGGGAAUUUACAAAAAUCCAGAUUAUCUUAUAAUAUGUAGCUGUAUAUAUUUAAAAUAUAUUCAUCAAUCACAUACCCUCACGGGAGAGGGGGAUUCUUACAUCCACUUUAAAAUUAAAACAAAUUUCUGCAAUUAAGUGUAAACAUUACAAACAUUCAAGUAGGUUUUGACAUUACUUGGGUAAAUAAUAGUGUUAUAACACAACUAAUACUACAACCCUGCCGGCACAGGACGUCGACAUGAUGUCAUAUUGAUGUUGUACCCCAACGUCAUGGGGACAUUGGAUUUCCUUUGGAAAUGAAAAUCGGGUUGAACUCAGAAUCCAACAUCAGGUUGACAUCAAUGUCCAACAUCCAACCUAAAAUCAAUCAAAAACCAAACAAAUAUCAUCGUCUACUCCUGUUACACCUUGAGGUUGUGUGGACUUUACCAAUAUGACAUCUAUCAGAUGUUGGAUUUUGGUCAACAAAUCUUAAAAUCAACUAAAUAUCAACAUAAUUUGACGCUGUUAUUGGACGUUAAAAUAACGUUGUCCUUAGAAGUUAUCUUGACAUUGAAUUUUGGUCACCUGACGUUAUGGCCUAAAUCGAACCUAAAAUUAACGUCUUAUGAUGUUGUGUGCCUGCUGGGAAAGUAGUGCUAAUUGUAAAAAAAGCACCCUUUUCUUUAUAUUAACCCAAGCUAGUGCUUCUGUCUUCCCCUUGCCAGUUUUCAUACAUCUGCACGGUAUACAUUACUAUUUUUAAUGUUUAUAAUCUUCAAGGCUGAAUUUAUUUGAUCAAAGAUACAGAACUGAACAUAUUACUAGCCUAUGACCAAACAAUUUAGCUUCAUAUGUGAUGCAGUUUACAUUCCGCACAUUUCAAAUUCCUGUAAAUUCCCUAAAAUUCCCGGUAAGUUUCCAAAUUGGAAAGUUUCCAAAAUGUUGCAGAUGAAUUUACUAUGAAAACCUUCUGGAACUUUGCAACCUUUGUUAAGAAGCCAUUGUUUAUGCUACUGUUUCUGGAAAUCAGUCACUGGUUCCACCCUUUUAAUGACAUCAUGCAUGUCAUUAAAUGCAGCAAGUGUUUAUCGGUUUGACGGUCAAUUGACAGAACUUUAACAACAGAUCGCACUCAAAGUGAGCGUUGGUAUCACGCCAAAAACAUACGGACACCACAUAACAUGCCAAACGUCAGACAACAGCUGGUCUCUUACCUCUACCGAUUCAAAUUUAGAUGUUUUUGCGUCAAUCGUGAUUGGCAGAGAUAAUAUGCAUCAUCACAAGGUGAUUAUGAUUGGCAGUCCUGCCAGCCAAUAGUGCUCCAUACAUAUGCGGUACCUAAAUGUGAAAGUGACAGGUCAUGUAAAAAGAGAGAGAAAGAGUUAGAAACAACUUACACACACAAUAUACAGUGUACGGUUCACAAAUUUUCAUAUUCAAAAUUGCAUAAUAUUUACAAUAUUAUGUAGUCUAAACUUGGCAUUAAAGUCGAAUUUUGAAAUUGAUUCAUACUGGCUACAUUUCUGAAUGGGAAAUAAUAAAUGUAAAGGAGUGUGAUUGGAAGACUGGACUUCAAUGCAUAUCAUCUCAGAGGCUUUAGCUACUUAGAAAUGUCUGAGCCAGAUUUGUUUUGUCUUUUAAAAUGAUCCCCAGAUCUCCAAAUUUUUUCUUGAUUUUGCUCCAAAUAACUCGUCAGUUGUGUUUUAUCUGCACUCUGAGGCAAAAUAGAGCUAUAGCGGUUUCCCUGGUCGCAGUAAAAUUUAAUGGUUUGCAUCAGUUUGCCAGAAGGACACAGUUUUGUUCAUUGAACACAUGGAAACUCUAUUAAUUGCUAGCCUAAUGUUCAUAUUUCUGCUGACACUCAAAAUGGCUGAACUGGAACACUGCUGACCUCCUCCACAAUCAACACCAUAUGAUUAUGGUUUCAAAAACCAUCUACUGUUUUCAUUUAAUAACCAAAUACAGUGCCACACUUUCUAAUUUAUGUCUUCCACCUGAUAAAUGCAUGUGCAAAUGUUAUGUGACUAUGUUAAUGAUGCUAGCAUGCUAACACUGGUGAUUUAAGCGCUUUUUUUUUGUUUGUUUACCCUCCAUUUCUGCAGUUUUAUAGCAGUCACAUGGGCACUCCAAGUGGAACAUAUAUGCCAUGAUGUUUAAGUUGUCACUCAGCAAUCAUUUGAUCAUUUUGAUUGUCCAUAAAGGGUGUAAUUACCCUUGUAUCCUGGUAAACACAGUUCCGCGAUGUGAAAUGUAGGUUUGGGGAACAGUAGAGCUACAGUAUGAUUAGCUUUAUACGCUGCAGUGCACUAGACUUGAUCUAUACAGACGUGCCAUGUUGUAAAAAGUCUAGUACAAAGUUCUUUGGUUAUGUAUCCUCCUGUUUAACCAGCAGUGAUGGGGAGGAUCGGCCAAUGAGCUGUUGAAUUUGCUUCUCAUUAUUCAGAAGCCCAAUCAGAAUCAAUCUGCCAGAGAUCGGAGCGCAACAGUGAAGUGACUGCAUUGUAUUUUCUGUUUUAAAACAUUAAUCUGAUCAAUUUUAUAUUGUCAUGUUGGCAACAGCAUUUCAAUGUGUUUAUUUUUAAAGUCUUUUUAAUUAAUCUGCAGAACUGAGAAAAUUAAAUGAGGAAGAUGUUUCCUCCUAGGCCAAAAACCGAGAGGUCGUUCACUGUUGCACUCUUUACAGCUACACAUCAUCAGGAAAUGGCCUCUGACCUUUAUGUUUAACUGUCAGCGUGAUAACUUUAUCAGGGUAAUCUACUUUUAGAUUUGUACAUUUUAUGAUUGCAUUUAAAUUUCUCUUACUCUAUAAAUGCUCCUGAUUUGGUACCGUAUGUGUGAGAGUGUGUAACUGCUAUCCAUGAUUUUCAUGGAAAAUAAAUGUGACAUUAACUGAAA